CUGACGCCAUCUCCGCGCGCCCGGCUUGGGGGGGCGCUGGGUGUGGGGCGGCUCCGGGGCCGGGGAUGGCGGCGGCCGCUGUGGCGGCGGCUCCGGGACGAGCGGGAGGACCCCGAGGAGCGCCGUGAAAUGGGCCGGCUCCUAAGAGAGCAGGGAGGACACUGCUUCUUACUCCAGCUGCUUCGAAGCCCCACCCAAAGCUCAGGUAAUCCAGGCACUUUGGAGACCGUGUUGCAGAAACACAUCUGGGAUGCAGCGUGGGAAAACAGAACUGAGUGUAAUAGACAUGGCCUUUGAAUCCCAGGAGCUGGAGCCCGAUUCAAAGAAAUAGCAGAUGUGGGCGCCCCAGCCAGCAGCAGAGCGGGGUGCAGGGGAGCCACAGAGAAGCCCCUUCUGAUGCCCCAAGGAGCACGCCGCCUCCUCCCAGGCCCCAGGAACAUCGCAAAGCAAUAUGAAACCUGCUCAUGAAAGGAGCCAGGAAUGCCUUCCGCCAAAGAAACGAGACCUCCCAGUCGCCAGCGAGGACAUGGGGAGAACUACCAGCUGCUCGACCAACCACACACCCUCCAGUGAUGCCUCCGACUGGGCCCGAGGGCUGGUGGUGGCAGGGCAGAGCCAGGCAGGAGCCAGAGUCAGCCUGGGGGGCGACGGAGCUGAGGCCAUCGCCAGUCUGACAGUGGACCAGUAUGGCAUGCUGUAUAAGGUGGCUGUGCCGCCAGCCACCUUCUCGCCCACUGGCCUCCCGCCGGUGGUGAACAUGAGUCCCUUGCCCCCCACGUUUAAUGUAGCGUCUUCACUGAUUCAGCAUCCAGGAAUCCACUACCCCCCGGUCCACUAUGCUCAGCUCCCUUCGGCCUCCCUGCAGUUCAUCGGGUCUCCGUACAGCCUGCCCUAUGCUGUCCCACCCAGCUUCCUCCCGAGCCCCCUCCUCUCUCCCCCCGCCGGCCUCACCACCUCUCACCUGCCACACUUUGUGCCAUAUGCCUCACUCUUGGCAGAAGGAGCCACUCCUCCCCCGCAGGCGUCCUCCCCGGUCCACUCAUUCAGCAAAGUCCCCGCUGUCACCUCCCCGCCGGGGCAGCUGCCCCAUCCCGCGAGUACUCAGCCUCUGGACCUCGCUCCAGGCCGGAUGCCCGUCUAUUAUCAGAUGUCCAGGCUGCCUGCUGGCUACACCGUGCAUGAAACCGCUCCAGCAGGUGCCAGCCCGGCCCUCGCCCCUCCGGAGGGCCAGUCUGCUCUGGAAGCAGCCACUGCCAAUGGACAGCGACAGCGAGAGCGAAACGUAGCCCGAAGAGAAAGCGAAGCCCUGGAGUCGCCCAGCAGCAAGGGGGAAGGCCAGGCUCUGGGGCCAGUGGUUGAGUGUGUAGUGGACGGACAGUUGUUUUCAGGUUCGCAGAGUGCACGGGUGGAGGGGGCAGUGCCGACUCACCGAGGGACCCCCGACACUGAUCUCGAGGUCCAGCGGGUCGUCGGCACAUUAGCUUCUCAGGACUAUCGUUUGGUGGCAGCUCCAAGGAAGGAUGAGCCCAGCCCCCUCAACCUGUCCCAUCAUACCCCCGAUCACCAGGGGGAGAGCCGAGGAGCAGCCAGGAACCCAGCUGAGGUGGCCGAGAAAAACCAGGCCCGAGGGUUCUACCCGCAGUCCCAUCAGGAAGCAGCGAGACACAGACCCUUACCCAAAGCGAUGGUUGUAGCCAAUGGCAACCUGGUGCCCACUGGAACUGACCCAAGCCUACUCUCUGUGGGCUCGGAGAUCCUGGUGGCAUCAAGUCUGGAUGUGCAGACCAGAACCUCCUUCCCAGACAAGGAGCCAACGCCGCCCCCCGUCCCCUCAGCCCACUUGCCCUCCCAUUUCAUGAAAGGCGCCAUCAUCCAGCUGGCCACCGGGGAGCUGAAGCGGGUGGAGGACCUCCAGACCCAGGAUUUCGUGCGCAGUGCCGAAGUGAGCGGGGGAUUAAAGAUUGACUCAAGCACGGUCGUGGACAUUCAGGAGAGCCAGUGGCCUGGAUUCGUCCUGCUGCAUUUCGUGGUGGGUGAGCAACAGAGCAAAGUGAGCAUCGAGGUACCCCCCGAGCACCCCUUCUUCGUGUAUGGCCAGGGCUGGUCGUCCUGCAGCCCCGGGCGGACUGCACAGCUCUUCUCCCUGCCCUGCCAUCGGCUCCAGGUGGGAGAUGUCUGCAUCUCCAUCAGUUUACAGAGCUUGAACAGUCACCCGGUGUCCCAGGCCAGCGGUGCUCCCCCAGGCCAGCUGGGCGCCCCCCGGGAGAGGCCCGAGAGGACAGUCUUGGGACCCAGAGAGCAGUGUGACAGCGAGGCGCAGAGCGAGCCAUCAGGCGAGGGCCCCCGAGUGGCGGAGCCCUCGGCGGCGGAGCCCGGUGCUCAGGCCUGCCGGCCGGCUCCCAGCUUCCAAAGAUACGGCGGCCAGGGGCCGGAGGCACGGGCCGCGCUGCUCAGGCCCUCCUUCAUCCCGCAGGAGGUCAAACUGUCCAUUGAAGGGCGUUCCAAUGCCGGCAAGUGAGCCUGUGCCCGGGCAGCACUGGGGCGGCCCCCCGCAGCCGGGCCUCACCGCCAGCAGGUGGAGGAUUUGCACAUGCCAAGCAGGGACUGGCUCUCUUGGCAGUCAGAUGGGGGGUGGAGGCUGGCUGGGGGGUGGGGGUGGCCCGAAGGCAGCGUCCCCUGGCAGAGUCUGUGUUCACCCACGGCAUCUUUCUCGGAUGGUCCCGAGGGAGCUGUGAUGGGGAGCAGCAGGCCUGGGCUGAGGAAGGAAGGGGGUGCGAGCCCGAGAAGAAACAUUCCAAAUCCCAGGCCCCCCCCCUCCUCACUCCUCCCCCUCCCUGGCUCCCGCGAAGGGAAAGGCAGGCUCCGGGAGCAGGUGGUGAGGGAGGGAGUCCAGAAAGAGCCAAAAACUGAGGAUCCACAGCUUAGCGUAGCAGUUGAACUGUCUGAAGCUCCCCCUCCUUUUUCGUGGUGGGAGGGAAAGGCCCCUUGGUGGAAACCAGGGUCCCACCCGGACCCCCUCUGAGAGCUCUGCACUUUAAAAGAGUCGUUCGAGGCCGGAGGGGGGGGCGCUCAGUGCCAGCACCCCCUCUUGCCCGUCCUCCCGCAGCCCCUGGUGGGGAAAACCUGAGGCCAGGCCGGCGCCGUGGGGCCGUGGCUCCCGCUUCUGCGUCGUCCUCCGGCCUAGUUGGUGAUGGUGACUAGUGAAAGAGCCGGUGACCCCCCCCACCAGGCCCGCGUGCCCCGUCCGUCCGUGUUUGUCGUGCCUAAGUGCCUGCGCUGUCCCGCUGCCCGCCCUGUGUCUGUCUGCAUGGCGUCGCCCCGCCUCACUCAGCUGCUCUGCCGUUCCUCUUCACGAAACUGGUUUUGUCCACGCUGACCAAGACCUCAAUUUGGGGCAGGGCUGUCGGGGGGCUCUCCUGUGACCCCUUCAGUUGUUUUUUAUUUAUCACAACUCAGAAUCAUGUUGUGUGUCCCCCACGCCCCCCUUCCCUGCAGCUGUCUAGUGGGGUGGGGAGAUGAGGGAACUCCGCCCCUGCCCCCAGCAAUCCGCUUCUCCACCCCCACCCCUCGCCCCCCUGGAGCUCCUGGGAGCGUCCUGAUGAUAGCAUUGCAGUCCUUUGCAAGGAUCUUCCCGUCUUGGUUGCAUUUGCCCCGCCUCGUCUUAUGCCCAGAGUUUCCUCAGAACCUCUUGCAUCAGCCCGGACUGUGGGCUUCUCCUAGGGUUUGAGAAUUAGGCUCUCCCGCCAUCCGAGGUGGGCGGGUAGGGUUUUUUGUUUGUUUGUUUUUCAGGGGUGUUUAGACUCUUGAAGCAACUCAGGGUAUUAUCCACCCAGCUCUCUGGGGAGGCUUCUCCCAGGGCCUGAUCCUGGCAUUUCUUUCAAAGUGGGACCGGCUAAGGGCCUGGCCUGUCAUCAGGGGUCCCCAGCCUCUGAGGUCCAAUCUCUGUUCUAUCAAAGACUUGAGACAAGUCUUGCAACCUCUUCGCUCUUUCGCUUCCUCCCCAGCUGCCAAAUGGGGAUGAAGAUCUCACCUACCUCCUCGGGGAGGGGGAGUUCUGAGAAUGGAGUCGUGCUCGGCAUUCAGGUGCUCAGGUGGUUCUCCCAGGGACCCGAGUGACUGGGACUGGCUGGUCUGCUCCAACCCCGCAUGCCCCGGCUCCUUCCUUGGUCAGUUGCUCUCGGAGGCCUGCCCGGAGGAGGCUGCCAGCCUGACCAUGAGUACCUGUCUCCAGUUCUCCUCAGAACCCGACACCCACCCUGUCUGGUGAACGCUCACCUUGACAGGCACCUGGGAUCCCGCCCUUUCCCUCCUCUGACCCUUUUCUCUGAAUGCUGCUUUGUCUGGCUUCUUUCCUCCAGCGGGGGCCCGAGGGGCUGAGUCGCAAGGACUUUUCUCAGAUGUCUGUGCCGGGAGAAGGCUCAUCUCUCGGGCCCAGCCCGCAGAGGGGUGACCGCUUGCACGCCUUUCUCAGAAACAUCCUUCCUCCCAGGGAGCUCAUCCACUGGACCCGUGACAACACGGUAGACACUCAGAGGUGUCCGCCAAGGAUACUGUCCUGAUCCCAUACCGGUCAGACCCCUUCCCCGGCCCAGCCUGGGACCUGAGCCUUCGUCCUGGAAAGCCCUUUACACCACGGCAAGUCGGGCCCUGGUCUUCGUGCUGCUGUUCUUUUGCCUGUUGCUGGUGACAUGCCAGCGGCUUCUCCCCGAGUCCCAGGCCGUGCAUGUGUGAUGCGUCUGUGUCCACCUGCGGCGCUGCCUGUCCUAGAGGGUGUUCCCUCAGACGGAGCAGCUCGGGGCCUUGAGCCUUGCUCAGAGCAGCGCCAUUCCCCCUCCCCGGCCUCGGCUCAGCCCCCUCCAGGGUGGGAAAGGGGGUCACCUGACGGGUCCGUGCAUCCUUAAAGGAAUCCCAGUAGUUUGAAGGAAGCCAAGAGCAGAUUGAAGAAGCUGUUCGCUUUCUAAGACUGGGCAGUUGAAGGCCGGCGUCCAGGUUAUUCCCAGGGUCUAGGGACAGUGAGGAGCACCCCACAAAAGUGUGUGUCCAUCUGGUAGUGGAUGGGAUCUGAGGUCAUCGAGAUCCCGACAGCAGUGUACACAGUGCUGGGGCGAGGAGUUCUCCGUGGGAGAAGGGGUCCCGGGGGUCCAGAGCUAAGCACUCAACCCCACAGUGCGGGAGUCUCCCCUCUGCGCUCUGGUCCCAUCUGUCAUAACACCAAGGGCUUCGGUCUGUGCUGCUGCCACUUGCUGCCCUGUCCUUUCUUCCCCACGAAGAUGUCCCUUCAGAGCAAGGUUGUGUGAGGUAGGGAGAGCGAAAUGCUGCUACUGGGCUGGUGAAUCCAAAGGGUGUGACUUCUUCAGUGCUCUGCGGGAGUCCAGAGAGUUCCAAGUAGCUGACCUGUCCUGAGGGCCUAGUAGCGGGGCUUUUCUCUGUAUUCUCGCCUCUGGUAUCGUGUAUUUAAAAAAAAAAAAAGUAAUAAAGGGACAAGAAGCAGGUCAGGGCCUAUGUCAACAUCCCAGGGAGGUAUAUGGGGCUGAAAUAGCGCCAGAGGUGGUGUUGAGUUGGCAUUUACUCGGUGGCAGUGCAGGAGACGCAUGCAUGCUGCAGUGCUGGGUGACCACACUGGGUGCAGUGAACAGGAGCUGUCCGGGGAAGGGCUGGGUCCAUCAGAGUCACCGUGACUGGACUGAUGGGGUGGGCCCGAGUAGCUAAUGAUCUAAGCAGAGUCAAUAGGGCAAAGGCCAAGUUUUAAUGAGAUUUCUUGGCUUCCCAAGGCAAGGCUGACUAGAGCACACUGAAGCUAGAGAACGUCCCAGACGGGAGCCAGUGUACACUACAGUUGAAGAGCCGAACCAUCCAUGGUUGGAUGUUGACCAAGAACCUAUAAACCCUUUGCAGGGAAGCCUUCGGCCUCCAGCUUCCCUAGGGUAGGCGGGACCUCCCGUAUUAUGCAAUAAUAAUAGUAAUAAAAAAAAGCAUCUGGGUCUUCGCAGCUGUGUGUUGCUCUUUGAACUCUUGGUCCGAGCCUGGUCCGGGCCCGCGAUGCCCCGGCCCUUGAGAUGCUGGAGUUGACUACCGUCUCUCCUUACCUGCACACCGUGCAGUGCCUGGGCGGAAGGAGGGGAGCCGGCGCCAGUCACCGGCUGAGCCCCCCAGGAGAACAGUAGUAAUAAAUGCACUUUCACACCAAAGGCUUCUUGAUUAGUUCUGUAAGCCUCGCUCCUCCCCCAGUAGAUUGCAAACUCAGUCUGUGUGACCCCAAGGCUUGACCACAGCUGCCCAGCAGGGACGAUGGCCUCAGGGGGGGCUCCCGUCUGCAGUGCGUGUGGUGGCAGACGCCCUUGUGCCUUUACCGACUGUCAGACUCACAAGCUGUUAUUUCUGUCUUUGAGUGUCACGGGGACGAGGCUCUUCAGAGGCUGAGGGAGAGAUGCAGUGGUUUUACCCCCCGGACAGGGAGCUGUGAGUGGUGAGUGCAGAGUGCCGGGGUUGCUGAAGGCUGGCUUUGUCCCUCAUCUGACUCGGUACUCACUGUCGAGAAGAUCAAGAUGGUGUUUGGGGACGAGGCGAAUGAGAGUCGUGGCAAACUUGAAGUAUUAGGCUGUUCCCCUCCAACCGCCCUACCCGCACACAGGAUCCCUGGAGCCCAAACAGUAUCUGUUCCAGCUGCAGAGAGCAAAUGCUCUCAGCUUGCACAGCACCUUAGGGGAGGGGAGAGUCUAUGCUAGGGAAUGGGGCGGGGGGAGGAAGGAGGGGGUGUUGUCAUCCAGGUGGCUUUAGGGCCCUGAGGAAUAGAGAGGAUGGCACUGGGGAGGUCUGGAUGGAUCUGAUUUGUGUAGGAGUUCCCUGUAGAUAAAUUACUGACCCCCCAUCUACUAUCCCCAGUAUGUAAUGGCUGAAUUAAUAUGUAAUCAACUGCAUUGUAUCUAAAGCCUUAGAACUAGUCAGGUGCUCCCCCCACCCGAUACCAUUUCUUACCCUCUAAUCCUACCUGAUCUUUAACAAAGCAUUAAUAAUUCUAAGGAUAAUCUCUAUUUUGUUGUGCUUUUUUGUAACUGUUUUAAAUAAAUCAAUUUGUACUGUAUAUUUGUACUUUUGUGAGAUCCUUUUUGCUGUUUUACCAUUUUAAGUCUGUACUUGGCUACACAGAUUGUAUUUUUAUUGUUAAUGCUCUUCUUAUGGAUACCUGCAUUUAACUUGUGAACUAUGUAAACACAAUAUAUAUCAAUAUCUAUAUAUCUAUAUAUCUAUCUAUAUAAACUACUAGCUUUUCCUUU